AUCAAUAAUGGACAUCAUUGGACCUAUUGCCUAUGUCAUUCGACAUUUUUGGUUUGGCUGUUAUGCAGAUAUUAUGGUUGUUGUAAUGUACUUGUAAAGAACUUAUACAUAGUCUAUGCUUAUACAAUUGAAGUCACAAGAAAAUGCUUGGUUUAUUUGAUGAAAAUGGUGAUGGGAAAGUUUCACUUCAAACAAAUAAUGAAUACGCUAAAAACUAUAACAAAUGGCGUAAAAAAGAAGAACUACAUAAAUUGAAAACGAAGUACGGUGAAGAGGCAGUGAGUGAUUAUGAAUCAACCAGUUCAUCUGAAGAAGAAGAUAUCGAAGUUAACAAUGAAUUUGAAAUUGAAUUUUUAAAAGCACUGUCUUGCUUAAAAACUAAGGAUCCAUCUGUUUAUGAUGAGAACACUAAAUUCUUUGAAAAUGUGGAAACAACAUUGAGGUCAUCCAAGGAAAAAGGAAAACAGCCAAUGUAUCUUAAAGACUACGAAAGGAAAUUAAUAAUGGAGAACUCAGGGCAGUUAAGUGAUGAAGAUGAUGACAAAACAAAUGUAUUAUCUUUGACUAUUUGUGAAGAACAAGAACAGAUAAAAAAUGAGUUAAAAGAUGCUUUAGAAAACAUCCCUGGAAGUGAUAAAGAUAAUAACUGGGGUGGUUUAUUUAAACAGAGAUUAAAAACAGAAGAAGAGAAAACUAAAGAAGAAGAGGAUUAUAAAUUAUGGCUUGCUGGUCAAAAACAGCAUUUAGAGGAUAAAAGUAUUGAAAAUCAACUACAACCAUUAAAAGAUUUUUGGAAUGAUCCUAAUCUUGAUGAAAAAGAAAAAUUUUUACGAGAUUACAUUUUAAAAAACAGAUUUAAUGAUGACGAAGAAAAUGGUUACAUUCCUACAUAUGACGAAAUAAUACAUGAUUCAGAUGAAGGUUUAUCAGAAGAUGAAAAUGCAAUAACUGAACAAGAAGAAUUUGAAAACAAAUAUAAUUUUCGUUUUGAAGAACCUGACCAGGAAUUUUUGAAACGUUAUCCACGAACUAUGGAAAGUUCUUUAAGAAGAAAAGAUGACAAACGGAAAAUGAAAAGGGAGGAAGUUAAAGAAAGAAAGAAGAAGGAAAAGAUGCAAAAAAUGGAGGAAAUCAAACAGUUAAAGGCACUUAAAAAGAGAGAAAUAGAAGAAAAGAUCGAAAUGCUUAAAGAAAUAACGGGAAAUAAUGAAAUCGGGUUUAAUGUAUUUUAA